AAGACUCUAGACAUUGAAAACAAACCAAAAGCUCUGUCUCUCUCUGUCUAUCUCUCUCUCUCUCUCUCUCUCUCUCUCUGUGUUACAGUUUUGGCAUUUUGAUAUGGAUUCUGAUACUUGCGUUGGAUUCAAACGAAGAAUCACUGAUACUGGAGACAAUCAACAGAGUGUACCUCCACCACAGUCACCGCCAAAACCCUGUACCAAUCCCAAGGAAGUGGAAGAACUUGAGCAACAUGUAUCUGACAACGACAACAACAACAACACCAACAACUUGAGUUUCCUCUCCGACUCCAAGAAACCCAAGUGUUCUUCUCAUUCUGAAGCUCCUUCUUCUGAGAUAAUAAUCAAUGAACAAAAUCAAGAACUGGGUUUUUCUUCCGCUGCUGAAACUAGUCCAAAUAUGUUGGAUUCUUUGCCUUCUGGGUGUGGCUCUUUUGUGAGAAAGGUUGAGGAUUUUGGCCAAGAAGAGCCAAAGAAUGAGAAUUGCGAGGUGGGUGUUGUCUCUGAUGGCGAGGCCAAGCAAGAAAAGUUUGAUUUUGUUGAAAAGAUUGACGAUGGAAUCUUGGUUUCUGGUUCUGCCGGCAAAGAAGAGAAGGACUCUGCUAUUGAAGGGAAUGACGAUAAGUUGGGGAAAAAAUUGGAACCUGAAAGUCUCUUGGAAGUGAAAAAGAAGAAACUUUUGAAGGAGCUUGAAGUUGCGUUGAUGGCUGAAGAUAAAACCAAUGCUGAAAAGGUCUCUGAUUUUGAGGGUUCUUUGAAGAUUGAAGUGAUUGAUGAAACGGCAUUGAUUGAAGUGAAUGAUCAAUGUGCUGCAGAGAAGAAAGGGAACAAGAAUGGGAAGCAAGAAAUGGAUGGAAAGAAGGCGAAGCGGUCACGUAGAAGAGCGAAAAAGGCUUUGGAGAUGAAUGGAGGAGGGAGGCCUAAGAAUGUUCUUGUGAGUGGUGAAACAAAGAAGAGUGGUGAUGGAACCAAGAAGGUGUACUCGAGGAAGGAAAUGGAGGCCUUGAGGUUUGCAAACAUUGCAGAGCAGCGCAAGAUUUGGAAAGAGAUAUACAAUGGGCUUGGGGCUGUCGUGGCAAGGGAGUAUGAAGACCUGGCCAGCUCUAAGCAUGUCCGCUUGAAUUUUGAUCCUCGAAACCGCCUCGGGAUGAAGGCAGGGGCUUCUUCCAUUCUCAGGGAAGCAUGUCCUGAAAAUAUGGAUAGUGAUAUUAAAAAGAUGGAGAAUAUGGAAACAGAAAGUCUGUCUCCUUUGGAUCCUGCAUGUAGUCACAUAGUUAGUGGUGAAGAUGGCUACACAGGUCCAGAAGAAGAGUGCAGUGAAGAUGAUGACAGUGAUGAAGAUUAUGCAAGCAUUCAGAAACCUGCCUUUUUGGUUGAAGGAGAACCCGAUUUCGAUUCUGGUCCUCCAGAAGAUGGAUUAGAAUAUCUCAGGCGUGUCAGGUGGGAAGCUGCUCAGAUUCCGAAAGUCAAGGUGGCAAAGCUUGAUAGAAGUAAAUUUAGCAAAGAACAGAGUGUUUAUAUGCCCCAGAUUCCUAAUAUUGCUGAGUGUCCAGACCAUCUGCUACCGCUGAAACAAUGGGAGGAUGCGUUUCUUGCUGAUUUUACAGAGCUGCGGCUGGCCCUGUCGCAUCUUGAGGGUUCCGAUGAAAACAUUUCUGGAAAGUUGCAACCAGCAUUUGUUGUCAAUGAAAAGUGUCAUUCUGGCCAGCAAUUUCAGGAUAUGGUUUUUGAAAAUUUUGAUAACCUUGUGACUGAGACAGUCCAUUCCAAGCAGCCUCGUGAUUGCUCUGGUUCCCAAACCUCCAUUGAUCAGCCUUCUUUGUUGACUGUAGAGGACCAAGCUUCCUCUCUACCUUCGGAGCAUUCGGGCCCAAAAACUUCUGCAGAUGAAAGUUCUGGCCCUUUGUUGUCAGAAAUCUUAAGAAUGGACUCUCUAGCUCGGGUGUCAACAUUGAGGAAACGCAUAAGCUUGGUGGAGAACAUGAAUACUCUGUCAAGAAAUGAUUGUGUGUGGCUAUUCACCCUAUGUGCAGUAGUUGAUACUCCACUAGAUGCUGAUACUUGUGCCUCUCUUCGAGGCCUGCUUCGAAAGUGUGCUACAGUACGAGCUGCAAAGUCUGAACUUGAUGAUGAGGUUGUAAUGCUAAAUAUUUUGGCUACAGUUGCAGGCAGGUAUUUUGGGCAGUCGGGAAGUUAAAGCUUCCUGGUUAAUUGUCUCCGCUUCAUGAAUAAUGGACUUCAAUUUAUUUAUCGAGUAGAGAGGAGAGAUGAUAUAUAAGAGAGUUCACUUGUAUUUUAACUGGGGAGAUGUGUGACCUUGUUAAAGGAACUGAGGAUGAGGCAUUUUGUUUUCUUACUCGGUUUGCUUAUGGUAAAAAAAAAAAAAAUCGUUGUCUGCGAAA